AUGGUGGUGUCAGGAUUCUGCCGCGCUCCUCCUCUGAUGAUCGCGGGAGGCAGAGUGUUUGUGUUCCCAUGCGUCCAGCAGCUUCAAAGGAUCUCCCUGAACACUCUGACUCUGAAUGUGAAGAGCGAUAAGGUCUACACUCGACAUGGAGUCCCCGUGUCUGUCACCGGCAUCGCUCAGAUGAAGAUCCAGGGGCAGAAUAAGGAGAUGUUGGCUGCAGCCUGUCAGAUGUUUAUGGGGAAAUCUGAGCCAGAGAUUGCUCAGAUCGCUCUGGAGACACUGGAGGGACACCAACGAGCCAUCAUCGCUCAUCUCACUGUGGAGGAGAUCUACAAAGACCGUAAGAAGUUCUCAGAGGAGGUUUUCAAAGUGGCCUCGUCUGACUUGGUGAACAUGGGCAUCAGUGUGGUCAGCUACACUCUCAAAGACGUUCACGACGACCAGGAUUAUCUUCAUUCUCUGGGAAAAGGCCGCACUGCUCAGGUCCAGAAAGACGCUCGGAUUGGAGAGGCGCAGAACAAGAGAGACUCCGUGAUCAGGGAAGCCCACGCCAUGCAGGCCAAGAUCUCUGCUCAGUACAAGAAUGAGAUUGAAAUGGCCAAAGCUCAGAGGGACUAUGAGCUCAAAAAAGCAUCUUACGACAUGGAAGUCAACACAAAAAAGGCUGAGUCGGAGAUGGCAUACCAGCUCCAGGUGGCGAAGACGAAGCAGCGCAUCGAGGAGGAGCGGAUGCAGGUGCAGGUGGUGGAGCGCAGUCAGCAGAUCACGCUGCAGGAGCAGGAGAUCACGCGGCGAGAGAAAGAACUGGAGGCAAAAGUCAUGAAGCCUGCGGACGCCGAGAGAUACAGGCUCGAGAAACUGGCCGAAGCACAGCGUCUGAAGCUGAUCAUGGAAGCGGAGGCUGAAGCUGAGUCCAUCAGGAUUAAAGGAGAAGCCGAGGCGUUCGCUCUGGAGGCUAAAGGUCGCGCUGAAGCGGAGCAGAUGGAGAAGAAAGCGGAAGCCUUCAAACAGUACAAGGAUGGAGCCAUGGUCGACAUGCUGCUGGAGAAACUGCCUCUGAUCGCAGAGGAGAUCAGUAAGCCGCUGUGCCAGGCCCAGAAGGUGACCAUGGUGUCCAGUGGAGGAGGUGACGUGGGAGCAGCCAAACUGUCUGGAGAGGUGCUGGAGAUCAUGACCCGGCUCCCAGACGCCGUGGAGAAACUCACCGGGAUCAGCAUCUCACAGGUGACCUCUCGCACUGGGUAA